AUGGCUAGUGAGGAGAGUUUUGUAGUGUUGGUUCACCACAGAGAAACGAUUAAGAGGAAAACACGAUCUGGUGUGAAGUUCACCGAUAAGGAUCCUCUCAGUAUUUUCGUGAGGCCUACGACGAGCUACGAUGACCUUGGUAAUUCUGUGAUACAGAAACUUGGUCUGCAGGGGGUGAAGCGGGUUAAGAACUUUUUCUAUCGCAUUCCAAUAUCAGUGUUGAAGGAAAUCGUGAAACCUGCUGGUGCAUCUUCCUCCGUUCCUGUGUAUGAACCUCCAGUCCAGCCUGUCGCGUCCCAUUCAUUCGCUGUUGAUCUGAACUAUAGUGGAGGCGGGGAGGUUGGACAAGGGGGUUUUGUGCCGAGCUCUUUACAGUGUGUUGCACCGGUUGGUCUUGGAGAUGCAUUGUUGGAUGAUCCAGACGAUGAUGAUGUGGAGUCGGAUAUCAUUGCUGAUGACAUCGGCGAUGAUAUUGGAGCGAGUGAGCCUGCUGGUAUGGGACGUGGUUCUAGCUCUGGCACACAGCAGUACCCUCCGCACUUUUUCUCUUUGGACUUGGAUGCCAUGAGGCAGGAUGGGGUUCCUGGGGAGCCUGCUAGAUUUGGUGCUAGAGAUGCCGAAGGGUCUGCAGGUCUUACAGAGUUUUCGGUUGGUCAGCAAUUUCAGGAUAAAGAUGAGGUCGUGUUAAGUGUGAAGACCUACAGCAUCCGACGCGGGGUACAGUACACAGUGGUGGAGUCUGACUAUCGCCGUCUCCAGCAGCGCAAGGGCAUUUGGGAGGUCAAACGGUACAACGGACCACAUACGUGUCUGGCGACAUCCAUCUCCAGCGACCACAGGAGUUUGGAUUAUCAUGUGAUUUCAGCAUUCAUCAUGCCAAUGGUUAGGGCUGAUGCAUCCGUCAGCAUCAAGGUGCAUAAACCGCUAGCAUAA